GCUGCGGAUACUGCAUGGGUCAGAUACAGUAGCCUGCAGCAGUCUUGCCUACGGAAGAUACAGCGCUUCAUAGGUUUAAACCCCAAGAACAGAAAAAAACACCAGCAGAGGUGAAGACCAGAUGUCCCUUGGGCCUUCUUUCAGCAAAUAUUUUCCUCUGGAUUAGAAAUCACCACUUAUGAAAAGUGCCAACUGCAGCUAGCUAGCAGCAAAGGAGACUAAUGCUCAUGAACCUUCCCUUCUCCAGGCCUUUCCCCAGACCACUGCCUCUCAUCUAAGCUUUGUGUGAGCAGAGAGAGCAGGCAACAUGGCGCUCAGCUCUCUGCCCUGGCCUCCUCUAAUCUGGCUGUGCAUGGGGUUGCUUCUGUCCUUUCUGUCACCGGUACAUGGCAAAGAAUGUCCUCAUUUGUGCGUAUGUGAGAUCCGCCCUUGGUUCACCCCCCAGUCGACCUACAAAGAGGCAACUACAGUGGACUGCAAUGACUUGAGGCUGACACACAUCCCUACCAACCUUUCCACAGACACCCAGGUGUUGUUGCUCCAAAGUAACGCCAUCUCUCACACCAGUGGGGAGCUAGAGGCACUGUUCAACUUGACAGAGUUGGACCUAUCCCAGAACAACUUCAGCACUGUGGAAGCUGUGGGCCUCACAAGCAUGAACCACCUUACCACUCUGCAUCUAGAGGAGAACCAGAUCACCCAGCUGCCAGACCACUGCCUGGGAAACCUCUCCAACCUCCAGGAGCUCUACAUCAAUCACAACCACAUAAGCUCCAUCUCCCCUCGGGCAUUUGCAGGCCUGCGCAGCCUGCUGCGCCUUCACCUUAACUCCAACAAACUCCAUGUCAUAGACAGCCGCUGGUUUGAAGAAACACCAAACCUUGAGAUCCUCAUGAUUGGAGAGAACCCUGUCAUUGGCCUUCUAGACAUGAACUUUAAGCCUCUAAGAAGCCUGAGGAGCCUGGUUCUGGCUGGCAUGGAUCUCACUGAUGUUCCAGGCAAUGCAUUUGUAGGUUUGGAUAACCUAGAAAGCAUUUCUUUCUAUGACAACAAACUGGUCAGAAUCCCUCAACUGGCCCUUCAGAAAGUUCCCAAUCUGAAAUUCUUGGAUUUAAACAAAAAUCCAGUUCACAAAAUCCAGGAAGGAGACUUCAGGAACAUGGUACAUCUCAAGGAAUUGGGUAUCAACAAUAUGAUGGAACUAGUGUCUUUUGAUCGCUAUGCUCUGGACAACCUACCAGAACUGACAAAGCUGGAGGCCACCAACAAUCCUAAACUGUCUUAUGUCCAUAGGUUGGCCUUCAGGGACAUGCCCUCCCUAGAGAGCCUGAUGCUCAACAAUAAUGCCCUCACUGCCCUUUACCAGCACACUGUGGAGGUGUUGCCUAAUCUACGGGAGAUCAGUCUGCACAGCAACCCAUUGCGCUGUGACUGUGUCAUUCAGUGGAUGAGUUCCAACAGGACCACUGUGCGUUUCAUGGAGCCCUUGGCCAUGAUGUGCACAUCCCCACCAGAACUCAGGGGCCAGCUAGUUCGAGAGCUGAGGCUGCUCGAGUCACCAGAGCAGUGCAUCCCCCUGAUAUCCCAUGAUACCUUCCCCAGCCACUUGAACCUCGAGCUGGGCAUGAGUGUCAGUCUUGACUGCCGAGCCAUGUCUGAGCCAGAGCCUGAGAUCUACUGGGUGACUCCUCUUGGGACCAAAAUCACCAUAGACACUAUGUCAGAGCGGUACCACGUGAGCAGUGAGGGGACCCUGCGGUUGUCCCAUGUGCAAGUGGAAGAUUCUGGUCGUUACACCUGUGUAGCACAGAACACAGAAGGUGCGGACACACGGGUCGCCACAGUCCGUGUAAAUGGGACCCUACUUGACACCGCCCAGGUGAUGAAAAUCUAUGUCAAGCAGACUGAGUCUCACUCCAUCCUGGUCUCCUGGAAAGUCAACUCAAACGUCAUGUCUUCUAAUCUGAAGUGGGCCUCAGCCACCAUGAAGAUUGACAACCCCCACAUCACCUAUACGGCACGCGUCCCUGUCGAUGUUCAUGAGUACAACCUUACACAUCUUCAACCGGCCACAGAGUAUGAGGUAUGCCUCACAGUCUCCAACAUCCACCUGCAGACACACAAGUCUUGCGUUAAUGUGACAACACGUGGUGCUACCUUUGCCCUGAACCUAUCAGACCAGCACCCAAGUGCUGCUGUUCUGGCUGUCAUGGCGACCAUGCUGGCCUUCCUCAGUCUGGCCACUGUGGGUAUUUACAUGGCUCGCAGAUGGAAGAGAAAAAACUACCACCAUUCCUUGAAGAAAUACAUGCUUAAGACCUCCUCCAUCCCCCUGAAUGAACUUUACCCGCCGCUCAUCAACCUGUGGGAGGCUGACGGUGAAAAGGACAAAGAUGGCAGCACAGAGGGAAAGCCCUCUCCUGUUGACACCACACGUAGCUAUUACAUGUGGUGAGGAUUUAGUAAGGAGGCCUGGCUGCCUCUCCAGCAGCACAAAAAGACACACUUUUGCCAUUUUGGGUAAAAGUCAAAUAAAGUUGCAAAUGUUUUUUUGUAUUCUCAGCUUUGCUAAUAAGAGGCAGAGUGAUCAAGGACAGGAUUUUUAUUAGUAUAGCGUAUCGCCUUUGUUUGAUUCUUUCUAUCUCUUAAUUGUUUUGGACUCUCCAUGAUGGCAGCUGUAUUUAGCCUCCAGAUUGUCUUAGUUGCUAUGCUGUUUCUGUGGUGCAUUUUUUGACUCACUUUUGUUCGGGUUAAUAAUACAGCCUCAGGGGCUGACAGUCUUCUUGAAGCAUUAGUAGAGAUCAGUGUUUCUUUCUCUGUUUUGUAAAACAGGUAAUCUGUUGUGCACUGAUAGAUAAUGGAGUUUGUAUAAACUUCAAAUAAAAGCUGACAGUGGGGUUUAGACUUGUUAAACUGUCUACUGAAUGUUAGCAAUUGUGAAGUAAUGUUGUAUCAACUAUACCUUUGAACUUUCUGAUUUAAAUUGCAAGAGAAUAGUAUUUUAGUUUGCUGAUAAAUGUGAUGUUAAAUGCUAGAAAUACAAAUGUUUGUUAAAACAUUUGUAUUUGAGUUUUUUUUUUUUACUAAGGUACACUAGAAACUUUAAGCCCCUUUGCUCACUUAUUUGCUAGACUUUUUCGUUGAUUGCUUAGUUUAUUAUUUUCUCAUGCAAUAUGUAU